CCACCCGAGCUAGCGACGUGGUGGCAAAAUGUCUUAUGCCCGAGUAAUUCAUUAUGCUACGAGUAUUCUCUGCUGCAACAAAGGGUCGAUGGAUCUUUUGCAACUUCACAGAAAAGUUUUCCAGCGUUUCGAGAUUACUGAGGACGAUUUCUGGUACAUAGUCAGAAAAUGUCCACGAUUUGCCGUCGUGAAGAACACAAACGACAGGACGUCGGAAGAAUGGAGCUCCGACUACAUUGUUGUUGCUAAAACAUCCCUUCGGAUCUGCAAAAACUACACAAAACAUGAAUGCACCGGCUGUCAAGAGCUUCACCUUUGCAAAUAUUUUGUUUAUGGAAACUGCAGAUAUGGGAAAGGAAGGAAACAGUGCAAGUUCUCUCACAAUGUCAGAUCGGAGCACAACUAUCCGCUCCUGAGGGAGUGCACCCUCCAUGAGCUCCACGAGGAGGACCUGUUCCUGCUGCUGCUGCAGAACGACCCGACCCUGCUCCCUGAGGUCUGCUCGCAUUACAACAAGGGGGCGGGGCCGUACGGGGCCUGCACUUUCAAAGCGGGCUGCACUAAGCUGCACAUGUGCCAGCACUUCAUCCAGGACAACUGCAAGUUCGGCCACCGCUGCAAGAGGCUGCACAUGAUCGAUGAGUACGGCCGCCGGAUGCUGGAGGAGCGUGGCUUGAGCGGCGACAUCAUCCACGACCUGCCCUACAUCUACCGGAACGUGUACUGGCUGAGCGCCCCGCCAUACUCCAGCAGAGAUGGCAUUGCUGAGCCCAUAGUGAGGCCCACAGUGCAGAGUGAAGAGAGGAGUGAGAUAUGCCUGCAUUUCAUACGGAGGAACUGCAGGUUUCAAGACCAGUGCAUUCGGAUCCACUUCAACCUGCCCUAUAAGUGGGAGGUGUUCGACGGGGAGUGCUGGAAGGAUUUGAGGCGCAUGGAGGAGAUUGAGAGGGCCUACUGCGACCCCCGAAACACACACAGCCCUGGGUCCAGACCUGUGGACUUCCUGACCAUGACCCGGGAUUCCGACCCAGUCCGGCGCCUUUCCACAGCGUCCUCCGUCACCAAGCCCUCUCACUACAUCCUCACCACCGAGUGGCUCUGGUACUACAAGGGCGACCACGAGAACUGGAUCGAGUAUGGCAGACCGGAUGACAAGCAGAGAGUGACAUCACUCACAUCCAGGGAGCUGGAGGCCGCUUACCUGAUGGAUAGCUGCGCAGAAGUCACGGUGAUGAAGGGCCACCGCCAGUACUUCCUGAGUUUCCAAGACAUGUAUCAGCGGAACCCGAAGCACAACACGAAGAGGAGGGUGAGGAGGCGGCCUAGAUUCGUGUCCAUCACAGAGGUGGAGAAUAAAAUCGCUCGGUAAAUGCAAGGCAGGGCAAGUCCUGCCUCCGCUGUCAGAGGCUUGCAAGGUCCAGAGGAACCUUGCUGUGCCAAGCCAAUUCACUUCCUUUCCAAAACAUGACCGGUCGAGCAGAAAAAGACCCAUGAUACCUUACUAUAUAUAACUGUAAAGUGUGUCAUUAGGGAAUAUCUCAGUCGUAGUUCAAAUCAUUGUGUGAUCAUUGCUUCUAAUACUGUCACUCAGAAUGAUUUUUUUUCCAUUGCCAAAGCAUCAUGGCUCUUCCUCCUUUUCCUGGCUCUUCCUGAUGAUGUCAGCUCUAAUGCGGUAUUGUUUCUGUGAAACACUCUCUCAGAAGCACCCUGUCAUGUUACCAUCAGUAAGAGCAGUAUACCAAGUAAACAAUCAUUUCAUUUGACUAACUUGAAAGAGUCUCACAAACCAGGUCUAGAGACUGAAAUUAAACCUAUAAACCACUGUGAGCGGUAUUUGCUUCCUGCCAAGAUAACGCCGAGAGAAGAGCAGCGCUCUCUGAGAUACAGAUAUUGUUCUCUAGUUAUUUUAAUUCUUGUAAAAGAACAAUCAAAGCACAAAGUACUUAGUGUAGGAGUGUUUGGGUUAUAAAGAAGUGUGUCAGUCUCUUCCAUUCACAAGGGCUGAACAUUGAUGCAUUAAAUAUUUUUAAUUAACACUGCCAGUGGAAAAGAACAGGCAGACUCCUAGCUUUUCAAACACUAAAGGCUAAGUCAUUCUCUGUCAGAAACGUCAUUCUCAGCUCAUAUAAGUGGCAGGUAUUUGUGCAGUCUCAUUUACACUUGUAUUGGCCAAGUACAAGCCGUUGAAAAACCAUUGGGACAUUUCAAAAGACUCAAAUACAGACAUUAU